GUUGGAUGUUCCCGUCUGGCGACCGUCUGCAAGAGGCGCAACUGAGAGCUCAGAUCUCAGUAACUAUGGCGGCUGCACGUACUGCGCUUAUGUCGUCUAACCCUAGGGCUUUCUCGGGCUUUUCCUCGAUUCGCUCAGUAAACUCGCCGCCAUCUACAACUGGCAAUCUCUCGCAAACCUUAGCUCUUCGCAGGAAUUUUCACGUUCUUCGGAGGAGCUUCGAGCCUUUUCAAUCUUCGUCCUCGAUCAGGGCUUCCAGAGUUCCAAGGAGGAAUUUCGUCGCGAAUGCUGUCAGCGAGGAAAAGUUUCCAUUAGUUGGGAAUCUUGCACCUGAUUUUGAGGCAGAAGCAGUUUUUGAUCAGGAAUUUGUUGAGUUCUCCCACCUUGCUUGGAUUCAGACAGAUAGAAAGGCAGGAGGACUUGGGGAUAUAAAAUAUCCCCUGAUAUCUGAUGUGACUAAAUCAAUAUCACGUUCCUAUGGUGUAUUAAUUCCUGACCAGGGAAUUGCUCUGCGAGGAUUGUUCAUAAUUGACAAGGAGGGGGUGAUUCAGCACUCAACAAUCAAUAACUUGGCCGUAGGCCGCAGUGUUGAUGAAACCAUGAGGACCCUUCAGGCAGUGCAAUAUGUGCAGGAGAACCCAGAUGAGGUUUGUCCUGCUGGGUGGAAGCCUGGAGAGAAGUCCAUGAAGCCUGACCCUAAGCUCAGCAAAGAAUAUUUUGCAGCAAUUUAGGGGCCAUUUUGAGCUGUAAGCUUCAUAUUUUGUUGGUUAGCAAUAGGGUUUUGAUUAUCUUAUGAGACUGCAGGUAGAUUUACAUACAUACCACACAAUUCUUAUGCAUUUAUAUAUCGAACACCUAUACUUUAAUUCUUA